CACUCAGAAAGUCGAAAACAUUAAUAAUCCUUUCCUUCUCAUCCUUCGUUUCGUCAAGCUUUCCGUUCGUCCGGAUGGUCACCGCCGCUUUCUCUCUCCGUUUGUGAAAGGCGAGUUCGAGGCUGACUUUGACUGGGUUCUUCACACCUCUUUUUGUUCUCUCUUUCUUGGUCUCUAUCCGCUCUAUCUUGUUUGUUAUCUCUCAGUCCGUUCGAUCUCCUUGCCUCGUGGUUCGCCCUCCUUGCCGCGUCGUUUGCACGUCAGGUGAAUUGUAAAACUCCGUUUCUUUUCAGCUUCAGCCAUGGGAGACUACAGCAAUGAUCCUCUCAUGCGCAACCAAAACGCCGCCGUUCAGGCCCGCACCAAAGCCCAGAACCGCGCCAACGUCCUUCAGCUCAAGCUGAUUGGACAGAGCCACCCAACUGGUCUCACAGCGAAUCUAUUGAAGCUUUUUGAGCCUAGGCCUCCUUUAGAGUAUAAGCCUCCUCCGGAGAAAAGAAAAUGUCCACCAUUAACUGGGAUGGCGCAAUUUGUGAGUAAGUUCGCAGAGCCUGACGAUCCGGAAUAUGCUCCACCUAAACCAGUAGUCGAGACUCCUUCACAAAGAAGAGCAAGGAUACACAAGCUAAGAUUAGAGAAGGGAGCAGCAAAGGCUGCUGAGGAGCUAGAGAAAUAUGAUCCACACAGCGAUCCAAAUGUAUCGGGAGAUCCAUACAAAACUUUGUUCGUGGCCAGACUUAGUUACGAGACCACUGAGAGCAGAAUCAAAAGGGAGUUUGAGUCAUAUGGUGCAAUCAAACGGGUUCGAUUGGUUACUGACACGGUGACAAAUAAGCCCAAGGGUUAUGCAUUCAUUGAAUACCUUCACACAAGAGACAUGAAAGCUGCUUAUAAACAAGCUGAUGGUAGAAAAAUUGAGGGCAGAAGGGUGCUUGUGGAUGUUGAACGUGGGAGGACUGUUCCCAAUUGGCGACCUCGCCGUCUAGGUGGUGGGCUUGGCACUACUAGAAUGGGGGGUGAAGAAGUUAAUCAACAUCACUCUGGGAGGGAUCAGCUGCAGUCAGGACCUUCUCGUUCUGAGGAACCUAGAGUGCGUGAGGAUCGGCACGGUGAUCGGGACAGAGAAAAGUCACGGGAAAGAGGUAAGGACAGAGAUAGGGAUCGGGAACGGUCACGUGAACACUCUAGUGAUAGGGGAAGGGAUCGUGAUUAUAGAGAUGAUAGGCACCACAGAGACCGGGAUAGGCAUAGGGACAGGGAUAGGGACAGGGACAGAGAGAGAGACCGUGGACGUGAUCGAGAUAGAGGACGUGACCGUGAUCGUGGUCGGGAUCGAGAUCGCGACCGGGAUCGUGAACAUGAUCGUCAUCGUGACAGGGAUAGGGAUUAUGAAGUCGGGGAAACCGAUAGGGGACGCUCACAUGACAGGGAAACUGAUUAUGAUCAUCAUGAAUUCAAACAUGAUAAAGACCGUCAUGGUGAGAGAGAUCGCGACUAUGAACCUGAGGAUGAUCGUGGGUGGUACAAUCAAUCUGCACAUGGACAUAGGCAUGCAGAUCCUGACCAUAAUCCUGAUUCCUAUGACCACUAUGAACGUCAUCGAGGACGAGUGCAAUAUGAUUAUGGUGAUGAUCAAGGUAAAGAUUACAAUCAGUAUCCUGAUCAUGAUAGGAUGGAAGAUGACUGUCCCACUGAGAGGGCAACAUCUGAACCCCAUGAAAGGGAGAGAAAUCGAGAUAUGGACCGUGAAUACCGACGCUCAGAGAGGUCCCAUUCUCGGGAGUACGAUUACUAGGAAUUUGAGCGUAAUACAUCUCAACUUCACUGGUGAUAUUCAUUGCUUUUCAAUUCAGUGUUCCUCUUAGCUAGUUAUGGUUACUUGGUGUAGAUCUGGUUCCACUGGUUAGCUUUGCAACUACUGAUGGAUUCAGGCAUGGAAUGAUUAAAACACAACAGAACUGUUGUUGCUUUUUAUCCAUACGUGUUUUUGUUAAUUUUCUUGUCUUAGAUUGAAAGCUUUACAGCUGCUGCUUUGAUUUUCAAGCGUCUUGUGGAAGUGGACGUUAAAAUAUUAGCACUUGUUGGUUUUGUUUUGGUCAGACAUUUUUAGAAUCCCUAGUUUUAUUUCAGUUUUUGUGGUGGGAACGGUUGUUUGAAUUGCUUAUUGACACUCAUCUGUAGACAUGUUUGUUGCUGUAUUUCAGUUAAUUGCAUCAGUUUGCUAAUGUAAUGAAGGAGCAUAAGGUGUUGCUUAUGCUUAAAUUACAUUGUCA